GAGGUCCUCCCAGUUUAGAGACGCCCAACUCUCAGUUGGUUGCAUUCCUCCUCGCUUGGAAAAAGAAUCCCCAAAAACUUCACCUUCCCAUUUUUGUUUCAUUCGUUGUUGGGCCAUGUAAAAAUAAAAUUUCGAGGAUCAACUUGCAAAGGAAGAGUCGAAUUUUGAAGGUUUCAUCGUCUUUUGAGAGAAGGAAUAGUAUCGUUGGCAGGUAGUAAAACAUCGUGCCCUGUGGACGAAGAUGUUGCUGCCACUCCUGGCGUUGCUGCUGACCAGCUGGGGCUUCAUCGAGCCUGUGAGAGGACAAAUUACCAGCGGGCUGCCCACAGUUGCCCCCGCUGAAUGCCCAGAGAAGCUGGAUUGCCCAAUCACUGUGUACUUUGUUCUCGACACCUCGGAGAGUGUGGCCCUGCAGGCCCGUAUCCAUGGCGACCUGGUCACCACCACCAAGGAGUUCACCAGGAACUUUGUGGAGAAAGUGACGGAUGGGGUCUUCAAGGCCAACGUGGAAAUUAUCUGGGAGUUUGGAGGGUUGCACUUCUCUGACGAGGUGAAGGAAUUCAGCCGCAUAACUGCCAGCAAGCGUGACUUUCUUUCAGCUCUGAGCGCAGUCGAUUACAUCGGCCGAGGCACUAUCACGGACUGCGCCCUGAGCAACAUGACCAACAACAUAAGGCAGCAGUCCCGGAGCGACACCCGCAUUCGCUUUGCCGUCGUCAUCACCGAUGGUCACGUGACAGGAAGCCAUUGUGGUGGCAUUCAGACUGUGGCUGAGAGAGCCAGAGACCUGGGCAUCAGGGUGUUUGCUGUCGCCACUGACGAUGUUGAAGUCGAGGUGGAUCCUCGCUUUGAGCAAACCCUCAGGACCAUCGCCAACUUCCCACACGAGCUGUACCGAAAUAAUUACACAGCUGCGUCUGCUAUCGAUAUAAACCGACCCAUCAGGUCAAUCGAUCAAAUUAUUCACGCUAUGAAAGUGGAAGCCUUCAACGAGUGUUACAAGAGGAAGUGUCUGUCGUUUCGAGGAAACCGUGGUCCAAAGGGCUUCAAAGGACGGAAGGGAGAAAAGGGAGGAACUGGUCCCAUAGGUGACCCAGGUCCAUCGGGUCGUCAGGGUGAUCCCGGUAUUGAAGGACCUAUUGGCUUCCCCGGUCCAAAGGGUUAUCCGGGAUUGAUGGGAGAAAAGGGCGAAAUGGGAUCUGAUGGAAAGAGGGGUAUCUCUGGAUUGCCAGGCCGAGAUGGGAUUAAUGGACUGAAGGGAAAGCUGGGACGCAUCGGACCUCCAGGUUGCAAAGGAGAUCCUGGUGAUAUGGGACCCCCUGGUUACCCAGGAGAUGCUGGUGAUAGAGGAUUCCCUGGUGAUCCUGGGUCGAAGGGAGAUUUUGGACGUCCAGGAAGAAGUGGCCCACCUGGAGCUAAAGGAGUGAAAGGUGCCAAGGGGCCACUUGGGCCUUCCGGGCGUCCUGGACUCAUGGGCCAGAAAGGAGCAAAGGGAGUCAAAGGAUCUCCAGGCCCUAAGGGAGAUGUGGGUCGCAGAGGAGACAUUGGACCCAAAGGAGAACCUGGGCCAAGAGGGGGUGCAGGGGAGAAGGGUGAUGUUGGGAUUGAAGGUACGCGAGGAUUGCCAGGAGAAGCUGGGCUGAAAGGAGAAAAGGGAGACGUUGGCCUCCCAGGACCCAGAGGAACCCCAGGCCAACCUGGUGGACCAGGCUUGAAUGGAUCACGUGGAGACCCAGGUGAGGUUGGACCAAGAGGUGAGCCCGGACCUUCAGGCCCCAAGGGUGACAAAGGAAGGCAAGGAUUCAGUUUUCCAGGACCCAGAGGAGACCAGGGCGACGAGGGAGAUCGAGGACCUGACGGCUACGUGGGUACCAAAGGAGAGAUGGGACAAAAGGGACGGCAAGGAAGUAAGGGAACCCCUGGUGAACCGGGUGAUCCUGGGCCAAUGGGGGAGCCAGGAGAGAGAGGGACACCAGGAGGACCAGGACAAAAGGGUAGCCCCGGGCCUCCAGGUGACCCAGCUCUAACAGAAUGCGAUGUGAUGAUGUACAUUCGGGAGACUUGCGGAUGUUGCGACUGUGAGAAGCAGUGUGGACCACUGGAUAUUGUGUUCGUCAUUGACAGUUCUGAGAGUAUCGGACUGACCAACUUCACCUUGGAGAAGAAUUUUGUCAUCAACACUGUGAGCCGGUUGGGCACAAUGGCCAAGGACCCGAAUUCUAAAACAGGAGCCCGCAUUGGUGUUGUCCAGUACAGCCACAAUGGAACAUUUGAAGCUGUACAGUUGAAUGACCCAAAAAUCAACUCCCUCUCGGCAUUCAAGGAGGCAGUCAAGCAGCUGCAGUGGAUUGCAGGUGGGACGUGGACCCCGUCUGCCCUCAAGUUUGCCUACGACAAGCUGAUCAAGGCCAACAAACGCGAGCACGCAAAGGUCUUCGCUGUGGUGAUUACCGACGGGCGCCAUGAUCCACGGGAUGAUGACGCGCUGCUCUCCUCCCUCUGCCAGGGUGAUGUUAUCGUCAAUGCCAUCGGCAUCGGAGACAUGUUCUAUAGGGAGCAGGACGACGAGACACUGCGGUCCAUCUCCUGCCAGCAGAAUGGGCGUGUGCAGAAGAUGAACCUCUUCGCCGACCUGGUGGCUGAGGAAUUCAUCGACAAGAUGGAAGAACUACUCUGCCCUGAGCCUGAGAUUAUCUGCCCUGAUCUCCCAUGUAAAACAGAGCUGGCUGUCGCACCGUGCACGCAACGUCCGGUGGAGCUGGUCUUCAUGAUCGAUGGCUCCGAGAGGAUGGGUGCGACCAACUUCCGUCUGGUGCGUGAGUUUGUGCAGAAGGUGGCGACCGAGCUGCCCCUGGCCACCAGCAGCAGUGACAUCCUGAGGGCCCGCCUCGCCGUCCUGCAGUACGGGGGCGAGAUGGAGCAGCAGCUGGCCUUCAGUUUGAGCCACAACCUGACAGAGAUCCUGGACUCCCUGGCUGAGAUGAAGUACCUGGACUCGGCCUCCAACGUGGGCUCUGCCAUCAUCUACGGCAUCCGCAACCUGUUUCAGAGAUCCACCAGGCUGGGCUCAGAGCUCUCCUUCGUCUUCAUAACGGACGGCACCAGUGGUAACAGGAGCCUGGGCGAGGCAGUGGACACCAUGCGUAAACACAAUGUUGUGCCCACGGUGAUCGCAGUGGGUCAGGACGUGGACAUGGAUGUCCUGUUGCAGAUAGGGUUAGGGGAGAGGGCUGCUAUCUUCCGGGCCGAUGACUACUCCCAAAUCCUGCAGCAAGCCUUCUUCGACAGACUCAUCAAGUGGAUUUGUUAAGGACUUCACAUCCGAAGCCCUGUGCUCCCCAGAAGGUUGGCCCCAAGUACCUUCAUUUUAUAUUAGUUUUAUGUUAUUCAGGAAAAGAUAAAACAAGGUGCUUUGUACUCAUGUAAUUAUUUUGUUUUUGGUCCUUAUUUUCCUCCUGUCACUGUACGUUUCUUGCUCACCAAGUCUCGAGAAUCGCUGGGAGUUGCCCAUUCCAAUCGAACGUUCCCUUGGGGUGACUCUGCCUCUGAGGUCCUGUCAGUCACUCAGGACGUUCGUGCCUGUAGCAACUCCAUCACACCUACUGGAAAAGCAAGCAGCCAGCUUCUGCCCCACUGGCACUGUGCCUCAUCUGACUAUUUUUUCCUACCAAAUAAUAAUAGAAAUUGUAUAGAGCUUUUCUCAUCCUUAAAACAAACACUAUCUUUUUUUUUUAAAUGCCACUAUAAAUCUUCUCUUUUGUCCAAAGAGGUCACCUGUGCAGGUAUCCUAUAAACACCAGGUCAGUCCUGGAAGUAAAUGGGAAAUUCCUGGAGCUGCCAAGACCAUCUUAGAGAUGAGGAAAUUCCUGGAAAUCCAGGGACAGUCCUGGAGGUUCCUUAUGAUGCAAGGACAGUCCUCGGUGUAAAUAGGAAAUUCCUGGAUGUUCCAGGAGAGUCCUGGAAAUUAAAUAGGAAAUUCCAUACGAUGCCAGGACAGUCCUGGAUAUGAAAUAGGAAAUUCCUGGAGAUGCCAUGGCAGUCCUGGAGGGUGGGAAACCCUGGAGUUCUCUCCCCUUGUGACUCCGCCUGCCAUCAUAAGCAGCACAUUAUUUUUUACUGUUUUGUAACUCUUUCAUUGAAGUGUGCACUGUUAACUUGAAUUUCUCUGAGCAAGCUAGGGAGUAUCAAUUGAUGCCAAGGUUUGAGAUGGAGGCCAGCCACUUGAAUUGAAGCUUCCUUUUCCUCCCACUGUCUUCCAUCUCCCUCCAUCCCAUCACAUCCAAUCUCAGUGUCCUUUCCCAGCAGCACCAUCCCAUCAAGCUGCCUGCUCUUAACGUACUGUAGGGUAGCCAUAGGGAAAUACAGGCCAUUGGAUAGGAGGGUGAAGAGUAUACUGGCCACCCUAACACGUUACCUAGACUCUGUUCCUAAAUACUGCUACAGUCAGCCUGUUAGCAGCAUGCAGUCCGAGAUCUGUCCAACUCAGUUUAGUCCUCGCCACUUAAAGCACCACUGUUUAAACUGUGCAGUGUCCUAUAACUGACCAAUAGCCACAACACACCAUGUCAUUUUCAGAGUUUGCUGACCUUGGGAGAAACAUUUGUGCGAAUAUAUCAGUUCACAUCUCAAAAUAACACGAUGUGGGGCAAGUGAAAAGGGACGUGAAUAGUUUGUCCUUAAGGGCUGUUACAUUUUGUGUGGAUAAACCCUCUUAACCUCCUCACUGUCUUUGCUUAGCAUGGGAUAGAAUAUGGGCAAAGCCAGUUGCAGGGCAUCAGUCCCUGAGAGCUGCAGAAAUUCCAUUGUGUGGUUAGGCCACGGGGUUUCUGCCAUCCAAUCCAGGUGCCAAAACACACUUGCACAAACACUUGUAAAAGUAGUGGGAAGAUUUUGGAUAAAAUGAGUGGAACGGAAUGAAAUAGGCCAUUAAACUUCGCAAGUCACUUGAUGUCAUUGUAUAGAUUUAAGCUUGAUAAAGGUGCUAUUUUUAUUCUGAUGGUAACAAUGUAUUAGUAGGCAUGUGUUGUGGGACUUGGGAGGCUGCUUUUCCCCCUCACCAGCAGGUGGCGGUAUCGUGCAAUGAGUGUCCUUUCCCACUGAGUGAACUUUUAGAUCAGGUUCAAAUUCAAAGUAAAUUUAUUACUUUAUAAUAAAUUUUUAUUACUUAAAAUAAUAAUAAUACAUAAGAAAUAAAUAUCAAGAACAUGAGAUGAAGAGUCCUUGAAAGUAAGUUUAUAGUUGGUGGGAACAGUUCAGUGAUGUGGUGAGUGAAGUUAUCCCCUAUGGUUCAAAAGUCCUAAUGGUUGAGAAGUAAUAACUCUUCCUGAACCUGGUGGUGUGGUUCCUGAGGCUCCUGUACCUCCUUCCUGAUGGCAGUAGGAAGAAGAGAGUAUGGCCUGGAUGGUGAGGGUCCUGAGGUGAAGACACUUAAGCAGAUAUGGGCAGUUGCAUUGAAUGAAAUGUACCCCAAGUCAUUGGCUCUCCCAGAUGCUGGCAAGAUCUUGCAGGGCUUUAAGCAUGUUUGGUUGGUCUUGUAUACAAAAGUUUAGACAUGGUGUAAGGUGACUUGCCCUUGCUCAGUGUACAAUAUGGGGUGCAUUUGAAAUAAACAUCUGCUGAGCCUCCCUCACCAAACAACCUCCUCGUGUGUCCUGCCUUCUGCUGGCUCCACACACAGGGUGGCAGAGAGUCGCCCUUCAGUGUCAAAUGUCCAGCAGCUCAGUCCUCUUCCCUAGUAUCUGGCUCAUAGAGGUUCUGUCAACACAGUGAGGCUCAUCAGACUUGCUGGGUGAGGCAGCCACCCUUUGACACUGAGUCCUGGGGGGUGUAGCCUGUUUACUAUUGGGGAGCCACAAAGCUUUGUAAUAUAUGUCUCUAGAGAAACAAAAAAUUUUGGAGGUACCCAACAGGUCAGGCAGCAUCUAUGGAGAGGAAUAAACAGUCAACGUUUUGGGUGGAGGCCCUCCGUCAGGAUUGGUGAAGGGUUCAGGCACAAAACGUCGACGAGUCCUGAUGAAGGAUUUUGAGCUGAAAUGUUGACCAUUUAUUCCUCUUCAUAGAUGCUGCCUGACCUGCUGAGUUCCUCUAGCAAUUUGUGUUGGUUGUUCUGGAUUUCCAGCAUCUGCAGAAUCUCCUGUGUUUAUCAUUUCUAGAGAAUGUUAUUUUUUGCAUCGAAAUAGUCGUUACCCGUUGUUCCACAAAUGUAUUUUCAUACAAUCUGCUGCAUCCAAAUUUGAAUAGUUCUGUAUUGAAUACCAAACAAAUAAAUGGA